AUGUCUAAUUUCCUAUCAAAUCAACCUGUCAACUCCAUCAAGGGGAUACCGCACCCCGACCUGACGCUUCCAGAGCCCAGCUAUAGCUAUGACUUCCGAAUGUCGGUGGAUCUGAACCCAAAGGUCGCGGUGGGAACCGUACCAUCGGGAGGCAUCAGGAACUGGAUCUCGUUCUCCGGUGGUAAUUGGGCUGCUACCUGGGGGUCUGGCACAGUCGUGCCAGGCGGCCAAGAUUCCCAAGUAGUGGAUCCAAGUACAUACACUGUGAGAAUGGAGACUAUGUACCUCCUCGAGACGAAUGACCAAGAUCCGGCUUUCAUUGAAAUUCGCACCCGCGGAUUCCGUACGGGGCCCAAGGAGGUGCUCGAAUCUCUCCAAGAUCCUGGAAAGGCAGAUACCGUCGACCCUUCGAGCUACAGUUUCCGCCUGUUUAUCUCCAUGGAAACAGGAGACAGUCGAUAUGCUGACAAGGUCAACUACGGCAUGUGGGUCGGCAGUGGGAUGCGAAGGGGAUCCCAGGUCAUCUACGAGUAG